AUGAGGUACAACCAGCUACCCUUCUCCGAAGAGUAUUACCCGAUGGCGAUGUUGACGAAGCUCGACCUGGUGAAGAAGGACGUGGAUCCAGAGGACGGAGACCCUGUGAAAACAAAGGAGCUAGCCGGGAGCACGACCAUUCUGCCUAUGAACCAGGAGGAAAGUUUCAUCAAACAAGAAGUGAACGACGAGGACGACGAAGAAGAUCUCCCUCUGGCUUACCACUGCAAACUCUGCGGCGUGUUCUUCGCCUCUCAAGCAUUGCUGGACAAUCACGAGAUCGAGCACAAGGGUAAACGCAAGAACACCUGCGCCACGUGUGGAAGAGUGUUCAGAACGUACGUGAAUUUGCGGAAACAUAUGAAGAAGCACUCGGGUCGUAAAAGUGGACGCAAAGGGAGCAACGCGUCAACGGUGACCAACCGUACGAACGCUCUGAAAGUGAAGAAAGAGAAGCCAGAACUGGAGUUCCUAUGUAAAACCUGUAACAAGGUAUUCCGGCACAAGAGCAACUACCAGAAGCAUUUGAUGCGGCACACCGUCGGCGAUCUCACCUGCAAGCACUGCCCCAAGAAGUUCCGUCUGUUCCGUGAUCUGACCAGGCACGAGAAGACUCACUUCUAUCCCAGCUACAUGUGCAAGGAAUGCGACUACGAGACCACCGUAUUGGCAGCACUGAGCAUUCACAUGUUACGGCAUACGGAUAAGGCUGAAUUGCCAUUCAAGUGCAACGACUGCGACAAACGUUUCCGUAAAGCGAUCGACCUGCAGGAACACUACAAUAUACACUCCGGGGACAAGCCAUUCGUUUGCCAGUUAUGUGGUAGCGCUUUCUACCUCAGACGACAGCUCUCCGCUCACUGUAGACGUAUGCAUCCCGAAAUGAAGGCUAACAAAGUAACCAGCACUGCCUGUGACAUCUGUGGCCGAGUCCUUGCUACCAAGAGGUCGCUGUUCCGUCACAAGGAGAGCCACAAUCCCACGAAACUGUAUCUGUGCGACUACUGCGGCAAGAGUCUCAGCAGCGCGGAACAUCUGAAGAAACACAGACGCAUCCACACUGGCGAGAAACCGUACGUCUGCGACAUCUGUGGCAAGGGUUUCACCGACUCUGAGAAUCUCAGGAUGCAUAGGAGGGUGCACACCGGUGAGAAACCUUACAAGUGUGAUCAGUGUCCGAAAGCGUUCUCGCAGAGGUCCACGUUAACUAUUCACAAGCGAGGACACACAGGAGAACGACCGUACGUGUGCCAGAUCUGUAACCGUGGCUUCUCGUGUCAGGGCAACCUGACGACUCAUCAGAAGUCCACCUGCGUAUAA